UUAUUAUUUUAAUGCUAUUAAUAUUAUUCUCUUUAGCUAUUGCUAAAAGAACGAUAAAUCCUGUGCUUUAUGAACUUUUUGAGUAGAUUUCUACAACCAAUUACGAACAUAAUAUUGAUUCAACAUUUUUGCUUUAAUACAAUAAGUAAUUGAUAGUAGUUAUUAUUUAAGCUAUCCAGGAGUGUAUAGUAUGGAAAUGGGUGAAAUGAUAAAUGGAAAAUAUGUUUAAAUAUAAUAGAAUGAUAGUCUUGAUCCAUUUACUCUACCAGGAUGCCAUCAUUAUUAAAGAAGAUUGUUAUAUAUGAAAUUAGCUGAUUAUCAAACUAGUUCAAAUGAAUAGACUUUUACUCAUAUGUAUAUUGACAACGAUUUUGUUUUUGUGACUAGAAAUGAUAAUUCAUUAUUGCAAUUUGAAAUCUAACUUGAUGAAGAAGAAUAAAAGAUCACAGGUUUAGAAUUGAAAGAAACCUAUGAACAUAGUGGUUUUAGUUAACAGCAUCAACUUAUUUGUUAUAAUAAAGUUUGCUUAAUAUUUGGAGAAGAAGGCUAAACCUUUAUUUACAAAGAUAAGAAUUUUACCUAAAUAAAUUUGACAGAUAUUAUUGGUUAAUCAAGAGAAUUUCCAUAAGAUAUAUAUUUUGAUGAGAAAUCUAAAGUAAUUUACAUUUGUUAUGGUAAUUCAAUAAUAGAUGUGCUUCAAUUUAGAAAUAAUAGUUCAAUUGAAAAAGUUUAAACAAUAUAAAGUGGUUAGUAAAUUGUCUAAAUAAGAACUAAUCCUGAAAGCACUAUUCUUUAUUUACUUGAUUAAUAAAUAGGAUUGAUCUCUUAUAAAAUUGUUUCAAUUUUAGAAUAUACUUUAACUUCUUUUUAGAUUACAAUUUAGAAUAGUGUGGCAUUUGAUUUUUAUGAAAACACAUUCUUUAUUGUUGCUGAAACCUAAGAUGGUAUUCCUUAUGCUUUAGAAGCCUUAUAGUAAGAAGAUACUUAUUAUUUCAAUAAAAUUUAUUCAAAAGAUAUGGAUAUUUAUGAUGUUUGGGUAGGAGAACACUUUGCCAUUCUUAUAGGUGCAGAAAUACAUAGAGUCAUUUAUCAUUCAGUUUAUAAAAAAUUUGUAGAAUAAAGUGAAAUUCCAUUAUUCUUUGAAGAUAGUUAACUAGUUAAUGUUGAAGAAUUUAGAAAAUGGGAAAAUGCUUUUUUUAAUAAAUAAGCAAUAGAUUAAGAACCUUUUUAAAAGAUUCCCUUUUAUUAUAAAUAAUCUUUUAUGAUAGGAAUUUCUAAAAAUUAAUUAUCAGUAUUCUCUGUUAAAUCAUUAUUACCAUGGGUUUAAUGCAAACCUACUAGUACAAAUUCAACAGAAUAUAUUUUAAAAAUGAAUUCAACAUCUUGUUUGUCUAAGUAAAAAGAAAAUGAUCAUACAGCAUUUAAAUAAUGUGUUAUCUUUCAUAAUUUUACAAUUACAGGAAAAGAGAUUUAUUUUUAUGAAGAAGAUCAAUCCACAUUAAUUAUUGUUGGAAGUUUUUUAAUGUAAAAUUUUAGUUAUUUUUUUAGUGGAAUCUUUAUUUUAUUAAUUUUGUUUUAUGUUGGUGCUCGUUUAUAUUGGAACUACCAAAUUAAUCAAUUCAAGAGGUUAAAUCAUAUUAAAUUAGAAGAAUAAUAAGAACUGUAAAAUAUACAGCCAUCUAAUCAAGGAAAUUGA